AUGAGUUGUCAAGCCUUUCCUUCUGCUGACACUUUCAUCCCUUUGAAUGCUGAGUCGUCUCCCACUCUGCCUCUGAUAAUGCACCAUAGCGCUGCAGAGUGUUUACCAGUCUCCAAUCAUGCCACUAAUGUGGUAUCUACAGUCUCAUCUGUUUUGUUUUUGAUUCCAACUCCUAAAUGUUCCCACAUAUGCUUUGCCAUGGCAACUUUGGGAGCUACUCUAUCAGGUCUGCAUUAUUCUGUCCCUUCUUGUCGUUAUGGAAACCAGCAGGCUACAUACGGGGUGAUGGCAGGUAUCAAGCCUGCAACUUCUGACAUGUUAGCAGCUAGUCUCUCUCAAAGCCGCAUUUUGCAGACCUGCACCAUGCCUCAUCCCAAUGUCAUGAAUGGAGUUGGCAGCUUACAAGGUGGCCUUACCCCAUGUCUUUAUAAAUUCCCUGACCAUACUCUAAGUGCCAGUUCAUGUGCUCUAGGCCACAGCUUUACUCCCAUGCAUGCAUCUAUCCUUGGAGAGGACCCUUCCACUGCUGAUUUUAAACAGGAAUUUCGCAAGAAAAACAAGUCAAUUGAAGAACCAAUAGACAUGGAUUCUCCUGAAAUCAGAGAACUGGAAAAAUUUGCCAAUGAGUUCAAGUUGAGAAGAAUUAAGCUCGGUUAUACACAAACAAAUGUUGGAGAAGCUCUGGCUGCUGUGCAUGGCUCUGAAUUCAGCCAAACAACUAUUUGCCGUUUUGAAAACUUGCAGUUAAGCUUCAAGAAUGCUUGCAAACUAAAAUCAAUCCUGACAAAGUGGCUGGAGGAAGCAGAACAAGUAGGAGCUUUAUACAAUGAAAAGGUUGGCAUGAAUGAACGGAAAAGAAAGCGCAGAACCACCAUAAGUAUUGCUGCUAAAGAAGCCCUAGAAAGUCAUUUUGCUGACCAAAGCAAGCCGUCUUCUCAGGAGAUUAUGCGGAUGGCUGAGGGGCUCAAUCUGGAGAAGGAAGUGGUGAGAGUUUGGUUCUGCAACCGAAGACAGAGAGAGAAGAGAGUGAAGACAAGUUUACAUCAGAACACCUUCCACUCCAUUAAGGACCACCAAGACUGCCAGUAA